GCACUAUUUGGUGGCUUUAAACAAUCAGAUCAGGAAAGAAAAUUAGAUCGAUAUGGUCUCGAAGCAUAUUAUCAAAGUGAUCUUGAUAAGACAAUUGAAGCUGCUGAAAAAGAUUUCCAAUAUUAUUCACCAUGGCGUAAGUUAGAUCCUGCUGCACGUGCUCAGUUGAUUCGUAAACUUGCUGAUUUACUUCUACGUGUUGUAGAUUAUUUAGCAGCUGGUUUUCCACCAGGUAUUAUUAACAGUGUAUUAGUCGAUGUUCCUGUUCGAACUGCUCAUAGAGCACUUUUCACUCAUGCAGGUCAAGUAUGUUUUGCUGCAUCAAGAAUAUUUGUUCAUUCCACACUUCACGAUGCCUUUGUGUCUAAAAGUGUCGAAUUAGCAAAGAAACGUAUUGUUGGUGAUCCAUUUGAUCUUACAACUGAACAAGGACAAUAG